ACUAAAGUGCAUUAGUUAGAGAGACGCAAAUAAGUUAGCACAUUUAGUCCGUAAACAGAACCGAAAUGGGUUCAUCAAAGAAACACAAAGAAAAGGAGAAAGACCGGGAUCCCGAGGAUCGGCACCGUGAGCACAAGAAACACCGUCACAAGGAUCGAGACAAGGAGAAGGAGAAGGACCGAGAUCGAGAGAAGAGAAAGAGAUCCCGAUCCAGAGAGAGGAGCAGCCGGGGAGCAGAGAGAGACAGAAGCGGGAGAGCAGAGAGGAGCAAUGCAGAGCCGCGAGUCAAGAAAGAGAGGCUUGAUCCUGCUUUCGAGGACAACAGCGAGCCAGGUCCCAAAUCUGCUGGUGGUGAUGCUUCGCUCAGCAUUGAAGAGACCAAUAAACUAAGGGCCAAACUAGGUUUAAAACCCCUUGAUCUCAAUGAAAACAAGAAAGAGACUGGAACCAAGGAGGAGCCCCUCGUGGCUGAGACCAUUAAUCCUGUCCACAUCAAACAGCAGGCUGAGAUUAGAGAGAAACUGGCUGCUCUCAAAGAGAAGCGUCUACUCAAUAAGAAACUGGGGAAGGUGAAGGCGCUUGGGGAUGAUGAACCAUGGCUGGACGACACAGCAGCCUGGGUAGAGAGGAGUCGCAAACUAGCCAAGGAGAAGGAGUUGGCAGAGAAGAGGGCCAAACUCCUAGAGGAGAUGGACGAAGAGUUCGGUGUGAGCAAUCUGGUCGAGCAGGAGUUUGCACAGGAAAAGAGGGACUCGUACGGCUCACGCCAUCUCAAAGGGCUCAAGGUUCAACACAAGAUGGACUCUUUCAGAGAGGGAGAAACGGUUGUAUUAACUCUACAAGACAAAGGUGUUCUGGAGGAGAAGGAGGACGUGCUGGUGAAUGUGGGUCUGGUGGACAAAGAGAAAGCAGAGAAAAAUGUGGAGCUGAAGAAAAAGAAGCCAGAUUAUAAACCUUAUGAAGAAGAGGAGAGUGUGGAUGACAUGCUCGUUCUCAAGCCAAAGUCUGUGCUGUCCAAGUACGAUGAGGAGAUCGAGGGAGAGAAGAAGAAGAGUUUCAGGCUGAGUUCUGGAGGUUUUGUCGGGGGUGAGAGAGAGCGAGAGCUGCAGGCCAUCAGAGAAAACCUGCACAAUCAGGCCCAGUCUCUGGACAUGCCCUCUCUCAGCCUCGCCACUGAAUACUACACGCCACAGGAAAUGGUUGGCUUUAAGAAGACCAAACGCAAAGUCAAGAAAAUCAGAAAGAAGGAGAGGGCUGGUGACCUCUUGAUUGACGACACUCGAAGCACAGAUUUUGGCUCCAGGUCUCGAGGUCGAGGUAGAAGGCAAGAUGAGGAGGAGGAGGAGGGGGCGGAGCCUGGAUAUGUUGCUUUGGAAACCAGCAGCAAGCCCAGGGAUGUCCUCCAACAGUCGGAUGACAUUAGAAUGGCCGACAUGGACAUUAGUGAUGAAGAGGACUUUGUCUCUCCAGAGCCUACUGCAUUUGAAGAGGAUGAAGCAGAGCAGGAGCUCCAGAAACAACUUGAGAAACAGAGGAAACUCAGGCAAAAACAGAUGCUCAAAGACUCAGGAGAGAGGGUGGCUGAGCACCUGAAGCAAAUGGAGACGGCAGAAGAUGACGAGAAUGACCCAGACAAAAGGAACAACAUUGUCUUCAAUGCCACCUCUGAAUUUUGUCGUACUCUUGGAGACAUCCCAACCUACGGGCUGUCAGGAAACCGAGAGGACCAAGAGGAUAUUAUGGACUUUGAAAAGGAUGUUGAGAAAGAAGGAGGUGGACAGUCAGACUCUGAUAUGGAUGACAACGUGGGCUGGAGCACUGUCAACCUGGACGAGGAGAAAGUCCAGGCAGAUUUCUCAACGGCAUCCACAACUAUUCUGGAUGAAGAGCCCAUUGUAAACUCUGGUCUCUCUGCUGCUCUGCUUCUGUGCAAAAACAAAGGGCUGUUGGACACACAGAUGCUGAAGGUGGCUCGUGUCAAAAACCCAAAACCAGUUCUGGCAAACGAUAACUACUGCAUCGAAGACAAGAUGAAUAUUGAUGACAAGUACAGCAGGAGGGAGGAAUACAGAGGCUUCACUCAGGAUUUUAAGGAAAAGGAUCACUACAAGCCUGAUGUCAAGAUUGAAUAUGUUGAUGAAUCUGGUCGCAAGCUGACCCCUAAAGAGGCUUUCAGACAGCUGUCCCAUCGCUUCCACGGGAAGGGUUCUGGCAAGAUGAAGACGGAACGGAGAAUGAAAAAGCUUGAGGAAGAGGCGCUGCUGAAGAAGAUGAGCAGCAGUGACACUCCUCUGGGAACCGUCGCUCUUCUGCAGGAAAAGCAGAAGUCCCAGAAAACUCCUUACAUUGUGCUGAGUGGCAGUGGGAAGAGCAUGAAUGCGAACACCAUAACAAAGUAAAUCUAGAUUCUGGAACCUUAGAACAGGCCUGUCACAGAAGAUUUCUCAAAGAAAAUGUACUCGUUUUAGCCGUCUCUUAAAUGAAUAAAGUCGUAACUAGUGAUGUAUAUACA